AUGCCGAAAUUGAAUGCAUAUACGUCUUGGAGUGCUAAUGGAAUAACUAUAGCAAACGGUACCAUUCUCGGAACAUAUCCUUAUGGUUUAUUUGUCGAUACCAAGAAUACUAUUUAUUCAGUUGGAUAUUCUUUGAAUCGUAUUCUAGUGUUUACUGAAGGUAAUAGUACACCAAUAAGAAGUAUUUCUGGCAAUUUAAACUAUCCAUAUACUGUUUUUGUUACAACCAAUGGUGAUAUUUAUGUCGAUAAUGGAAAUUCAAGUAGUCGAGUCGAUAAAUGGUCCUUAAAUACAACAAAUAGCACUUCAGUAAUGUAUGUUAAAAGCAGUUGUUGGGGUCUUUUUAUUGAUAUUGCUAAUAAUAUUUAUUGUUCAAUGUAUUAUCUUAAUCAAGUUGCUACAAAAUCAUUGAAUAGUAAUUCAAAUAUGUGGAUAGUUGCUGCUGGUACAGAUUGUUCUGGAUCAACAUCAAACACACUUAAUGGUCCUCGUGGUAUAUUUGUUGACACAAAUCUCAAUUUAUAUGUUACUGACUGUUUUAAUAAUCGAGUUCAAUUAUUUCAAUCACAACAACUCAAUGGAAUAACAGUAGCAGGAACUGGAGCAUCUGGAACUAUUAGUCUUAAUUGUCCUUCUGGAAUUGUUCUUGAUGCAGAUGGUUUUCUUUUCAUUACAGAUUGUGUAAAUAAUCGCAUCGUUGCCUCAGGGCCAAAUGGGUAUCGUUGUUUGGUUGGAUGUUCACGUGUUAUAGGUUCAGCAUCAAAUCAACUGUAUUAUCCAACAACAAUGUAUUUUGAUAAUCAUGGAAAUAUGAUUGUUGCAGAUGAUUGGAAUCAUCGAAUUCAAAAAUUUCUUAUAACAAGUAUUUCUUCAGGUGAGUAUUUCGUAACUAAUCAACCAAACUUAUGUCCAUCUACAACAUGGUAUACAGAUGCGAUUAUGUUUGCUAAUUUCAGUACGGUUGGUGCAAAUCGAAAUACAGUUUUCGUUACAACCAAUAAUACUAUCUAUGUAGCUAAUAAACAAAAUAAUCAGGUACUAAUCUGGCUCGAAGGAAAUAUAAAUCCAAAUAGAAUUAUUUCUGCUGGUCUCAUCAUGCCAUAUAGUGUUUUCGUUACUCCCAACGGUGAUAUAUAUGUUGAUAAUAGCUAUAGUAAUUAUAGAGUCGAUAAAUGGACAUUUAACUCCAAUACAAGUAUUCCUUCAAUGUCAGUUGUUAGUCCAUGUUAUGGGAUGUUUGUAGAUACUAGUAAUACUCUCUAUUGUUCAUUAAAUCUUAACCAUCAAGUUGUGAAGAAGUGGUUAAAUGAUAAUGUGACUACUUCCUCUAUAGUUGCUGGUACGGGAGUUCUUGGAUCAGCUGCAAAUAUGUUGUACUCUCCCGCUGGAAUCUUUGUUGAUAGUAAAUUUAACUUGUAUGUUGCAGAUUGUGGUAACGCUAGAAUUCAAAUGUUUGCCUUGGGACAAGCUAAUGCAACUACAUUAGUUGGAAAUGGUAUAUCAGGAAGUCCCACAUUGAAUUGUCCAUAUGGAGUUAUACUUGAUGCAAAUGGAUAUCUCUUCAUUGCUGAUAGUUAUAAUAAUCGAAUACUCGGGUCAGGACCAUAUGGUUAUCGAUGUUUAUUGGGAUGCACUGGUGUUCCUGGUUCUGCAUCAAAUCAAUUAAAUCUUCCGAAAGCCAUAAGUUUCGAUAGUUAUGGAAAUCUUUAUGUCUCCGACGGUUCGAAUAAUCGAGUCGUUAAACUUGUUCUCGCGUCAAAUUCAUGUAGUUUAUCCUAUAAUCAACCAACAAUUUGUUCAAAUGCAACAUGGUCAACAAAUGCUACUACUUUUGCUUCGAGCGCCACAAUUGGUACAACACCUAAUAGUAUUUUUAUUGAUGGAAUUAAUAAUAUUUAUGUCAUUAAUCGAGUUAGCAAUACUAUUUUAAAAUGGACGCAAUGGAAUAGCUCAGCAAUAAUUCUUACUUAUAUUAAUGCAACGAAUUCGUCUAGUAUAUUCGUUUCCAUUACUGGUGAUAUUUAUGUGGAUAAUGGUUAUUUAUAUGGUCGAAUUGAUAAAUAUUUCUUUAAUACAUCAAAUUUGAUUACAGUUAUGAAUGUAAAUGGAAGUUGUAUUGGCUUAUUCAUUGAUAUUAAUAAUAAUCUCUAUUGUUCUAUUCAAAAUCAACAUCAAGUUACUAAAAUUUUACUUAAUAAUGGUACAACUAUCCCAUCAAUUGUAGUAGGAAAUGGUUCUGCUGGAUUAACAUCAAAUAUGUUAAAUUCUCCUCAAGGAAUUUAUGUUGAUACUAAUUUAAACUUAUAUAUAGCUGAUGCUGGUAAUAAUCGUAUUCAAAUGGUUCAAUCUGGCCAAUCAGAUGCAAUUACACUUGUUGGAAAUGGAUCAUCAGUUACUUUUACUCUUAAUUAUCCAACCGGGGUUAUUUUGGAUGCAAAUGGUUAUUUAUUUAUUGUUGAUACUUAUAAUCAUCGUAUUAUUGCUUCAAGUUCUUAUGGUUUUCAAUGUAUCAUAGGAUGUUCAGGAAGUGGUGGUUCAGCUGCAAAUCAAUUAUAUUUUCCACGAAGUAUGGCUUUUGAUAGUUAUGGAAAUAUUUAUGUUCUUGAUACAAAUAAUAGUCGAGUACAAAAAUUUACUUUACAAAGCAACAAUUGCACUCUACUGACCACGAGUACCAGUAGUACUACAUCAAGUAGCAGUAGUACUUCAACCACUAGUAGUACCUCGACGACCAUCACGACAAGUAGCAGUAGCAUUUCAACAACUAGUAGUACCUCAACAACCAUCACGACAAGUAGCAGUAGCACUUCAACAACUAGUAGUACCUCAACAACCAUCACGACAAGUAGCAGUAGCACUUCAACAACUAGUAGUACCUCGACGACCAUCACGACAAGUAGCAGCAGCACUUCAACCACUAGUAGCACUUCGACGACCAUCACGACGAGUAGUAGUAGUACUUCCACUACUAGUAGUACCUCAACGACCAUCACGACGGGUAGCAGUAGUACUUCAACUACUAGUAGUACUUCGACGACCAUCACGACGAGUGGCAGUAGUACUACCACAAGUAGCACUACGACAAGUAGCACUUCCUCAACUAGCAGUAGCAGUACGACAAGCAGCACUUCAAGUACUACUACGACAAGCAGAUCCACAAUAAUUAGAAGUAGUAGUCCAAGUACCACUACAACUAUCUCAAUAAGCACUAUCACUGAAAACACAACACAAACACAAGAAACACAGAGUUCAACGCCAGUAGUAACAACUAAAGAGUUAUAUACGAAUAAUACCUGUUAUUCACCAACAAUAACAUUAAUACCUGGUGGAUCAUCUUUAUCAUCACCAAUAUCUUUUCGACGCAGUCAAGAUUUUUCAAUAAGUUCAAUGAUUGAAUUUCAUUGUGAUAUUUCACUUAAAAAAGUUCUAAAAUGGACAAUAAAAAAUUGUAGUUCAACUGCUUGUUCAUUUGAUAUUGAAUUGAAUGAUAAAAUUGAAACAACAUAUAGUGAAAUUUAUAUUCCAUCGCGAACUUUAGAUUAUGGAAUAUAUCAAUUAACAUUAACUAUAACAAUGAUUGAUUUACCAGAAUUAAAAUCUUCAUCUUCAGCAUAUGUUCGAAUAACUCAAUCAGGUAUAACAGCAAAUCCAGUUCAAUUAGGAACAUCAAUGAUAACAAGAGGUGAUAAUCAAGAUCUUUUACUUGAUCCUGGUUCAUUUUCAAUUGAUCCUGAUCAAGAUUCAUUUGAUGCAACUAAAUGGAAAUAUAAAUAUUAUUGUCGAAUCUAUGGAGAAUAUAAAUAUCCAAAUAUUCAAGGAAUAUUAUUAACAAUUGAUGAUUUAACAAAUGAUCCUUAUAAUCCAUCAUGUUUAUCAAAUCGAACAGGAUUAAUAUUUGGAAAUUCUACUUUAUCACCAAAUUCCUCAUUAACCAUUCUUGCUGGUUCACUUCAAUCAAAUCGAACAUAUCAAUUUAUGAUCUAUAUGGAAAAUCGAAAAAAUUCAUCAAUUCAAGCAACAGGUUAUGUUUUUGUUACAAUUCAAAUAACUUAUCCAAAAUUAAUUGCUAUUGGUUGUGUUAUAUCAAUAAUGUGUAUUCCAAAUCUUGAAUAUCAACUUGUUAAUCCAACAACACAAGUUGCUCUUUAUACCCUUUGUAUUGGAAAUUGUAUUAAUCUUCAAAAUAUUCAAUGGAAUAUUUAUUAUGGAUUAAAUAAUUCAACAUUAUCUAAUUAUACUCAAUGGAUUUUAUUUAAUCAAACAAAUUCACAUGAGAAUAUUUGGUUUUUUGGUAUGAAAACAUGUAAUUUUACAGCAUCAAAUCAAUUAUUUGUUGAUAAUCCACAAAUAGAACUUUGGAGAUUUGAAGUUGUUUAUACAUUUUUAUCUGAAACAAGUACAAGUGCAUUAAAUUUUAUUAUAAAUUAUCCACCGUCAAAUGGUUCAUGUUCAAUUAAUCCUCCUAAUGGUACUAUAUUAACUUUAUUUACUAUUCAAUGUUCAAAUUGGUUUGAUACCGAUGGUAUUAAAGAUUAUUCAUUAUAUCUUUUAAAACGAAAUCAAUCUGAAAAAUUAAUGAUUGGAUAUUCAUCGGAAGAAAAUUUUCAAGUUCGAUUACCAUUAAAUAUUAAUAAUCAAACAUCAUUAAUUGAACUUAUUCUUUAUGUUCGAGAUUCAUUUGAUGGUGUUACACAAGUUAAUUUAUCUUCUAUUAAUAUGAUUAAUGAUGAUUUAUUAAAUCAAAAUAUUAUUAAUCAGUUAAAUAAUUCAUCAAAUAAUAAAUCAAUUAUUGAAUUACUUUCAAGUGGAAAUCAAAAUGUUGUUUCACAAAUAAUUAGUUCAUUUUCUCAAUUAUUUAAUCAAAUGAGUCAAGAUUAUUUAAAUAAAAUGAUUUAA